UCCAAACCUCUUACUCUGUCCAAUAAUCCAAACCAUGUCUGUCCCAUAUAGUUUCUCCUCUUCUUCAUCCUUCGUAGCCUUGUCCAUUUACUCUCUUCUAAUAAUACUAGAUAAAGCUGCAUUUUGCUUAGCCAAACCAAUCAAAACCGCUCGUCCAAACCGCCAAUUCUCCGUUGAUUACUACGCAAAGUCAUGCCCUCAACUUGAGCAACUAGUCGCCUCUGUCACUGCCCAACAGUUCCAAGAAGCCCCCGUUUCUGGUCCAGCAACCAUUCGCCUUUUCUUCCAUGACUGCUUUGUAGAGGGCUGUGAUGCAUCCAUAUUGAUAAAAUCAAAGCCAGGGAGCAAAAUGCUGGCAGAGAGAGAUGCAGAGGAUAACAAGGACUUGAGAGAGGAAGGAUUUGAGACAAUAAGGAAGGCCAAGGCUUUAGUGGAGAGCAAGUGCCCCGGUGUUGUCUCUUGUGCUGACAUUCUUGCAAUUGCAGCCAGAGAUUAUGUCCACUUGGCAGGGGGUCCAUACUAUAAAGUGAAGAAGGGAAGGUGGGAUGGGAAAGUAUCAAUGGCAUCAAGAGUGAGCUCUAAUAUCCCACAAGCAAAUUUCACAGUUGAUCAACAACUCAAACUCUUCAAUUCAAAGGGGCUUUCACUUGAAGACCUUGUUGUGCUCUCUGGUGCACAUACGUUGGGCUUUGCCCAUUGCCAACACUUUGUUAGCAGGCUCUAUGAUUUCCGGGGCUCCAAGCAGCCCGACCCGGCAAUCGACCCGAAACUACUAAGGGCACUUAGAAUGUACUGCCCCCAUUAUGGUGGAAAUAUAGAUAUAGUUGCGCCAUUUGAUGUCACCACCCCAUUUUCCUUUGAUCAUGCCUAUUACGGGAACUUGGAGAGCAAAUUGGGCUUGUUAGCCUCGGACCAAGCCCUAUUUUUGGACCCUCGUACUAAGCCCUUAGUUCAGAGUUUGGCAAAGGAUAAGCAAAAAUUCUUCCAAGCUUUUGCAUUAGCCAUGGAGAAAAUGGGGUCAACAGGUGUAAAAAGGGGAAGGAAACAUGGAGAGAAAAGGAAAGAUUGUAGCAUGCAUAUAUGAUUAAUUACUUCUUUUCUCAUUAUUGUAUUCUUUUCUUGUAUCCAUUUGAU